CAAAAAGACCCGACAAUGUUGUGUUGCACGUGGGGAGGUGGGGUGCGGAUCUGGCGGUCGAUGGGUGGGGGGUCCCGGCUCUGGGGCUCUCCCGGGACGCAAUGCCCCCUGCGCCUUUGGAGCUGGGGCGCACGGAAAGCGCCAAGCGCGGAGAAGCCCUGGCGAUGGGGCGAACGGGGCAUGCAAACCUUGUUCCCGCUGGACGGCCACGUGCCCCGGGAUGUAUUGCUUUUCCAGCAUGAACGGGGCCGCUUUUUCCGGAUCCUUGGGUUUUUUUGCGCCGGCCAGUUUAUGUUCUGGGCGUAUUUGGCGCACUUCGCGUUCUGUUCCUUGCGAGAUACCGGGGCGAGGCGGCCGGAUCUGGAUCCUCAGCAAAGGGAGCGUCCUCUGCCUACUCUACCGGGAGGAGCUACACUGAACUUGGGCUCCGACAAGUGGCGCUUCGGAUUCACCGCCUCCUGCCUGACCGUGGGUUCUUUGAUCUUAGCAGCAGGCAUUAUCUUUUCUCGGCACUCCGUAAGUCGGGUCUUGCUGCACCGUGGCGGUCAGGAGGUGACACUUACCACCUAUAACCCCUUUGGUUUCACCUCGUCCUUCACGGUACCCCUACGCCAGGUCACCUGCAUGUCCCACCGUUCGGAGGUGCCUGCGAUGAUUCCACUCAAGAUCAAGGGGAGACCCUUCUAUUUCCUGUUGGACAAACAAGGACGGAUCACCAACCCGAAGCUUUUUGAUAUCACUGUAGGUGCCUAUCGCAAACUGUAAGGCCAAACGCUGCCAGAGGAGAGGGUGCCAGAGUGCCAGCCAGUUGCUCCGAGGCUGACCCAGAGAUGAAGAACAGAAGAUUGAUGUAUUAAAUCCAACAGAUGGAUCUCUCGCCCAUAGCAAGGAGUGGCUCUUGAACAGCUUCUUAGCCUCUCCACUCCUUGAAAAGGACAAUUAAUUUAUCUUGCAACUUGGGAGCUCAGCAGGAAUGGCUGAGAUUGGAUUGGCCCUUGGUUAUAUCUGGAGAUUGUAUUAAAUCUGGAGUGAUUACUUUCUGGAUUAAAACAUGUAAAAAGCA